AUAAGUUUAGUGCUUAUAAGUUUUAUCCCUAAGAAGCACACCAGUGGAAAGGAAACAACUCCCUGAGAGAAACCAGACUUAAAAGGGAACCUAUUAUCAUUUGGGUGACACUUAAUGUCCAUUCAUUACAGUUUUAUUAUUGAUGAGGUGUACUGUUCAGUGAUGGGUGCUUAAAUGCAGAAAUGUUUGUGCAAACUGUCCUCAUCAGCACAGAGUGGUCUCCAAUUGAAGAGAAUUAAAUCCAGAGUUAGGUCGUCAGGAUGAAUGAGGCAGAUCUGAAAAGAAUAAAGGGACAGGAUCAUUGGUCACUGGUCCUGCAUACCAGGGCUGCUCUUUGGAGCCUGUUGGGUAAGAUGUCCUAGAUAGGAAUGUAAUUCUUCUUCUUUUUCUUUUGGCUGGUCCAUUUAGGGGUCGCCACAGUGAAUCAUCCAUCCCAAUAUCACCCUGUCCUCUACAUCUGCCUCUUUCAAACCUGCAUGUCUUCCCUCACCACAUCCAAAAGCCUCCUCCUUGGCCUUCCUGCAAAUGUCCAAACCAUAAUCGUGCAUCGCUCACCUUGUUACAAAACGUCCCACAUGCGCUGUAAUAAACUAAUUUCUAAUCCUGUCCAUCAUAGUCACUCCCAAUGGCAAUCUCUACAUCUUCAACUCUGCCACCUCCAGCUUCAAAUCCCGUCUUUUUGACAAUACCACUGUCUUUUAACCAUCCUAGAUAGGAAUGUUAAGGUUAAUGUCACAACAUUAACCUUAACAUUCCUAUCUAGGAUGGUUAAAAGACAGUUUCUGAUGUUGAAGUGCUGAUAUUUCACUUCAACAUCAGAACCAUUAACAUGACAUAAUGGCCUCAUCAAAGUCAUGUGUAUAAAAAAACAACUCAACUAAUCAUCACCGUGGCCUGGUGCCUCAUGUGGAUCAGACUCUAAGCCAAACCUACUUAAGAGUCUUCUCUAAACUAAACAAACUUAUUGAAGAAAAAAAUGUUGCUGUUACUGGUCUACUCAACUGAUUUAUGUCAUCCCUCAUAUAUAAUUUUUAUCUAGAUGCAUGUACUGUGCAAAAAUCAACAGAUCUUCACAUUAUAAUAAAGCAUUCUUUAGAUAGUGAUGUUAUUACAGUAAUGUUAGCUAAUUAAACUAACCAAAUAAACAUAAUAAAGAUCUUCCAUAGAACUGCACCUAAAUCAAGAAUACUAGCAAUAAUAUAACCACUGACUGAAACCUAACCUUGCUUAAUGUUUAUUUAUUAGGCCAACAGCAAACCUGUUAUGUACUGUAGAAAAAAAUGCAUUUCUACCUAAAGAAUUGGGUAUAAAAUCCUACAGUUUUAAUACGUGAAUAUGAUAAAGAUACUGAGCUUCGAGGUUGCGGUGUGCUUGGUGAGAAUUUCUCUUUAUUGCAAGACAAAAUAAAAGGCAUGUCCCAGUCUGGGGGACACACCACUGUAAUCCUCCCAGUUGCAAUAAGUAACUGAUUAGUAGUGUUUCCUAUUCUGUAAUCUUAGGCAACUUGAACAGUCAUGUGCUCGGCGUGUCUGAGUUGUCAGAGAUAUUAUCUGACCUUUGAGUCAAGCAACAUUUGAAGGCUGGCGCGUACCGGAGCCGGUUUUAGUGAUGCCUUCGUUGGAAAUGUGAUGCACUUCGGCUCAGACAUGAUAAUGAAUCGGAUCAUUAUCUUCUAGAUUUCGGAUUUCUGUUCUAGUAAAGUUUGUAAGGGACCCGCUGACGGAGAGUUUAGUGGAGCGCGGAUGAAAUCUUUGAAUAGGUGAGACAGAAAGACGCGCAGAAUCGGGGGAUUUCUGAAGAAGACAUUUUGUGGAUAUGUAAACUACUUCGGCGGAUAUGUAAACAAGUGAAGACGAGGCGGAUAAUAUAAUCAUGUGUGACAGCGCGCGCAGCCGCGAGCUGUCAGACAGCGACGCCAUCAAAUCUGAAACUCCCUCGGAUCCUCAGAUGGGCGAAUCCGCAGGGCUGUUAGACGAACAAGAACAUGAAGCGAGGAUUCACACGGACAACCCGAUCGAAUCCGAUCCUGGAUUUGCGGCGGCACCGAGCACUGAGAAGCGCGCGGCCAAACUUGUGACGCGCGCGGCGUCGCUCCCAGCCAGCGCUGCUGCGCGCAGGUCCCGGUUUCAGAGACAAGCGGAAGCUUCUGAACCGAGAACAUCGACCGAGCUUCAGGAGAAAGGCGCCAUCACGCCCGCCAUGCGGAAAAAAUACCUAAAGGACCUGUUUUUGAACUAUAACUCGUAUAGUGGCCUGUCGACCAUCUUAUCGCUGAGGAGCGCGAGGGAAUCGUCGAGGGACUGCGUGGAUCCGCCGACGCUGGGCGCGGACGAGAGCAGUGCAUCCUGGGUACUGGACCCCACCGAACACGCAUGGAUGCUCUCGGUUGUGGAUGGAAAUUAUGACACGAUAACUGAGUUUCUCUUGGAGGACAGCAGUUUACUAACCAGGAAAGACUUUGUGAGUGGUUACACAGCUCUCCACUGGUUAGCCAAGAAAGGCAAACACGAGACUUUAUUGAAGCUUCUCAAAGACGCCGAGAGGAACGGGUCUCCAGUGAACGUGAACUUAAAGGGCAGUGGGGGUGUUACACCUCUUCACGUUGCUGCUAUGCACAGCCAGUAUAUGGUCAUAAAGAUCUUAGUUGGCGCGUUUAGUGCCAGUGUAGAUGCCAUGGAUUACAAUGGGAAAAGGGCAUGGCAAUAUCUCAAAGGAAACGCACCAGCAGAGAUGAAGGAGCUUCUUGGUGCAUGGGAUGAUGAACACACCAGUUGGCAGCUAAAUGCAAACAACAAUAAUGCGACCUACAUUGAAGGAGCGACAUCAGACGACUACCAAAACGACACAAAAGGCGUCGACACCCUCAAUAGAAAUAGCCUAUGGCGCUUUGGGUCAUUUAGAAAGUUACUCUCCCCCUUUUUAUCCAGAGCUAAGAACUAAAGGACCUCGGAAACAGGCUAAUUAUGUACCAUAUACUACUGGGAAUACUAAGGUCAUGCAAAUAUACAUAUUUCAGAUUAUCGUCAAUAUUGUAUUGGUUUUAAUACUUAAAGCUAACAAGUAAACAUGGUCAUAUUUUGUAUAUUUGCUAUUCCUUGUAAGUAUGUAUAAUGUACAUUAAAUUAACAGUAAUUGCA